AUGAUCAACGCCUUUCUGGUCUUCAACGGCCAGGGUCAGCCCAGGCUGACCAAGUUCUACACUCAACUGGAAACCAGCAUGCAACAGCGCCUGAUCUCCGAGAUCUUCACCCUCGUCUCCAACCGUCCGGCCGGCUCUUGCAACUUCCUCCCGCUGCCCCCGUUGCUCGCCGCCUCGGGCACCUCGCACUCGUCGUCGUCGGAGGAGAAUGACGUGCCCUCCCUCGUCACCUACCGCAACUACGCGACCCUCUACUUCAUCGUCAUCUCGACCUCGACCGAGUCGCCCCUCGCGCUGAUCGACCUGAUCCAAGUCUACGUCGAAGCGCUCGAUAAGCUCUUUGAGAACGUGUGCGAGCUGGACCUCAUCUUCAACUUCGAGACGUUACACGCGACACUGGGCGAGAUGAUUGUGGGAGGAGUGGUGAUAGAGACGAAUCUGGAUCGCAUCGUGUCUGGGGUGAGGGCGCAAGGCACCGUAGCCAAACGACCCGUGAACGAGGGCCGCAACGUCGGGCUGGGAGGCGGACUGGGCAUGGGUGGCAACUUCGUCUGGCAUGGACGGUAA